AUGCCUCCCACUAAUCGCCGCCGAGUUAAUACCACUGCCUCUUCUCGCUCAAGCCAGGCGACGCUAUCAUUCGGUUCCAAAUCCAGAAUCACCAAGCCAUCUGCAACAGCCCCAGCUAAGAAAUCGAAGGACCUUAACACCGUGACUACCGUCGUUCCUGAAAACACCUCUCAUGAUGCGGCCUCCCGGCUUCAAGACUCACCGAUUAUUCCCUUCGAGCCGCAUGUGGCGGAGGUUGUGGUGAGAGACCAGGCAGAAACAGAGAUGCAAAAACUUCUGUCGGAGGAAGAUAAGAGAGCAAUGAAUAUGACAGAGCAGGAUCUACGGCACUACUGGAGCAAAGAAGAAGACAAAAGAAGGGGCCCUCGAGUUCAUCAAGAGGAGCUCUCAUUGCAUGACAAGAUUUUGCGACACUUCGAUCUCUCCAGUCAGUUUGGGCCCUGUAUCGGGAUCCCUCGACUAAAGCGUUGGAGACGGGCAAAUACGCUGAAACUCAACCCACCCCUUGAAGUACUGGCUGUACUGCUGAAGCAAACCGAUGAUACAAAACAGAGAGCCUAUGUCGAUGAACUGAUGAGUUGA